CCUCUCCCUCUCCCUCUCUCUCUCUCUCUCGUGAAUUAUUAGUAUCAGACCCAGCUCUUACAGAGGUCCUCUCUGUCUCCUCUCUCACUCAUACUUCUCUCCCUCCACAUGUGAAUUAGAGCCCAACCAAGUUCUCCAUUUUACUAAUCUCUCUCUCUCUCUCUCUCUGUGUGUACUUACAUCAAAAGGUGGUUGAAAUGAAGAGGAUUAUUCUGUAUGAUCUGAUUUGUGUGGCUUUGAUGGGAGUUUUAAUAUGGGGAGAAGAAGACAAGUUAGUAAGUCCACAACAGUUGGAAAUGUUUGUUGAUGAUCUUCCUGAUAUGCCCAAGUUACCUGCUUACAACCUUGUCAAUGGCGUCCCCAUUUCUAAGUCACUCAAGAUUGGAAUGUUCCAGAAGACAUGGAAAUUUCAUAGGGAUCUUCCUCCAACCCGCGUGUUUGCCUACGGUACAAGCAAGCACACCGCAACGGUCCCUGGUCCAACGAUUGAGGCCCUCCAUGGGAUCGACACUUACGUGACGUGGCAAAAUCACCUUCCUUCAAAGCACAUACUUCCUUGGGACCCAACUAUCCCAACUGCCAUCCCAACCACCAAGAAGGGCAUUCCUACGGUGGUUCACCUCCACGGUAGCAUCGGUGAGCCAGAGAGUGAUGGACAUGCACAGUCAUGGUUCACCGCCCGAUUUGAAGAAAAAGGACCCACUUGGACGAAGAAAACAUAUCACUACUACAACCAUCAACAACCAGGAAAUCUAUGGUACCAUGAUCAUGCAAUGGGGUUGACCAGAGUCAACCUUCUAGCCGGCUUGAUUGGGGCCUACAUCAUCCGCCACCCUGCGAUUGAAGACCCACUUGGCCUCCCAUUUGGUGAUGAAUUUGAUCGUCCGUUGAUUGUCUUUGAUCGUAGCUUUCGUACCGAUGGUUCAUUAUUCAUGAACUCUACUGGAAAUAAUCCCACCAUACAUCCUCAAUGGCAGCCUGAGUAUUUUGGUGAUGCUAUUAUUGUAAAUGGCAAAGCUUGGCCUCGCAUGAUCGUACGGCGGAGAAAGUAUCGAUUUCGGAUCAUCAAUGCAAGUAAUGCUCGAUUUUUUAAGUUCUUCUUCACCAAUGGUCUAAGAUUUAUCCACGUGGCAUCUGAUUCAGUCUACGUUGAACGGCCAGUGACACUCAAAGAGAUCCUUCUAGCCCCAUCUGAGAUUGCUGACGUGAUUGUUGACUUUUCAAAAUCAAAGUUUGGUUCAGUUAUCCUCUCCAAUGACGCAGUAUAUCCAUACCCAUCAGGUGACCCGGUCAACAAAUUCAAUGACAAAGUUAUGAAGUUCAUCAUAAAAAAUGAACGUGAGAUUGAUACGCGGUACGUACCCAAUAAGCUGAUCAAAUAUCCAUACCCUAAUUUAUCCAGUGCUUCGGUAACACGAUAUAUCGCUAUGUUUGAGUACACAAGCAACAUUGAUGAGCCUACACAUUUGUAUCUAAAUGCGAAAUCAUACGAACAACCGGUGACUGAGAUGCCAAAAGUAGGGACCACAGAGGUUUGGAACGUGAUCAAUCUAACGGGGGACAAUCACCCUUUGCACAUCCAUUUGGGUCUAUUUGCGGUGUUAGAUCAGACGGAAUUGGUAGGCAUUGAUGAGUUUCGAAAUUGUAUGGUGAAGAUGAACGAUGCGAUCAAGUGCCAAAUAAGCAAGUACGCACGUGGCAACAGGACGGAAGUGCUUGCCCAUGAGAAAGGGUGGAAGAACGUGUACAAGAUGACUCCUGGAUUUGUCACCAAGAUCCUAGUGAGGUUUUCUUACAUACAUUCAAAUGCAUCAUACGUGUUCGAUGCAACUGCAGAGCCUGGUUAUGUCUACCAUUGCCACAUAUUGGAUCAUGAAGACAAUGUAAUGAUGAGGCCUUUGAAGUUCAUCAAGUGAGAAGGGCCAUCCCAAAUAAAUAGGCAAAAUUUCAGAAAUGGUCACUUUUCAUUGGACUUACUCUCUUCAUUUAUAUUGAAUACCUUCCAUAGAACAAAAAUACUAAGGACAUUUAAUCAACCACAAAACCAAAAAUCAAAUAUUUAUGAUGGGUUCCGAUUAUACAUGUUUUGUGGUUGGUUCUUUGGUUGAUUUUGUGUCCAUAUCCAGUAGCAUUAAAUGCUAAAGAUGUUCAUAAGGCUUUCCAUUUUCUUCUCUUGUAAUUCUUUUCAUUUUGUUUUUAUUUUUUGCAGGAUCUUUAAUCUAUCCAUUACAAUUUAUGUGUGAUUAAUACUAAUAAGCACAGCUGCACAGAUCUAUCAUAUAUUAA